AUACAGGAGCCUCUACUGGUGAUACAGGCACCAGUCUUUCUACAGGGGUCAUCGUAGCUAUUGUCCUGGGCAUCGCCUUCCUCCUCUUGAUCAUCAUCAUCAUCAUUGUCUGCUGUAUAUGUUCAGGAAGCUGUAAAAAGAAGGAGAAGAAGAAGAAGAAGAAAAGUCAGAUCACGCCUAAACCCGAGCCAGAGGUUUACGAGUCUCGUACAGAACAGCCUAUCUAUCACGUAGAAACCUACACCCCCAGACACAAACCUAGGCCAUACGGUGAGUUUAACCCCUCCAUCGUAUCUCGGAAGCAUGUGGAUGUGGACAUGGAGAGCUCCGAUGGUCACGGCGGUUACGGAUAUAUAUACGGCAACAAUUAUCAAGCUGAGACUCAAAG